UGUGUUUUUUUUCUAAAUGAACUCAAACAUGGAAAAGUGAAAGUUUUUCCGGAGGUGAAUCACAAAUUUAUUUUAUUCGUAUUGUCUAAAUGGCUUCAGAUGCGCCACGACAGGAAGCAAGACUGCUAGUGUUAUAUUCAUUUUUUUCACAAUGGAACUACUACAAACAAAUGGUGACUUGAGACAUAGGGGAGAAAAAUUAAAAGAGAGUACAAACAUAAACAACAAUGAAUUAGAAGUUAAACCUGCCAUGAAAACAAACAAUGGAAAAGUUCUUGGACUGGUUUUUGUUUCUUUAUUACUAGAUCUCCUAGCUUUCACUAUGAUAUUACCUUUGUUGCCAUCCCUGUUGGACUAUUAUGAUAAACAAGAAGGAAAAUCAAAUACUUCGUACACUUCAUUGCUUCAUGCGGUGCAAAGUUUUCAGAAAUUAACGGGGGCGCCUGAUCGUUUUGCUUCAGUACUAUUUGGAGGUGCACUUGGAUCUAUGUAUAGUUUCUUACAAUUUCUCACAAGCCCAAUAGUAGGCAGUCUAUCUGAUGCCUAUGGAAGGAAACCUAUGCUGCUCAUUUGUUUAUUUGGCAUAGCAUUAUCUCAUGGACUUUGGAGCUGUGCAAGCACGUUCAGUGUAUUUGUUCUUGCGAGGUUCAUUGGAGGUCUGAGCAAAGCAAAUGUAAGCCUUAGCAUGGCUGUUGUUACUGACGCUUCUGACGAAAAAACUAGGGCCAGAGGGAUGGCACUAGUUGGCUUAGCAUUCUCAGUCGGUUUCAUAGUGGGCCCGCUGGCAGGAGCGUGGUUCGCGAGGAGCACCGAUGUUUCCUCUGGUCUGUGGGGCGAAAGACCUGCACUGUACGCACUCUCUCUUUCACUUGCCAAUGUCGCUCUUGUUAUGUUCUUUAUUCCUGAAACUUUGUCUAAGGAUAAGAGAGCUCCCCUUUCUCUUUCUCUCUCGAAAGUCAUAGACUUCGUAUCUCCGUGGCAUUUAUUGAAUUUUACAGCAGUAAAAAACUUAUCUAAUCACCAGAACAAAGUAUUAUCUAAGUUAGGACUGAUUUACUUUAUCUAUCUAUUUAUUUAUUCCGGUCUCGAGUUCACAAUUACGUUUCUGACGCAUCACACUUUCAAGUACACUGCAAUGCAACAAGGGAAAAUGUUCUUAGUCAUAGGUCUUAUAAUGGCGGUGUUACAAGGCGGUGCAGCUAGGAGACUAGGAUCCAAGAGCGCCGAGAAGGCGGCUAGACUCGCGUUGUUUCUUACACCACCGUCUUUCCUAUGCGUCGCGUUUGCAGCUAUACCCAACCCGCCGAUGUUUUCGCCCCUCUUUUGGUUGUGGGCAGGCCUCGUACUAUUUGCAUUAGCGACAGCGUUUGCGGUAUCGUGUAUGACUGCAAUGGCAGCCGCGCAAGCGCCCAGCGAAGCGCGCGGUGCGGUGUUGGGCACGCUACGCUCGUUGGGUGCGUUGGCGCGCGCCGCUGGACCUCUAAUCGCUUCUACUGUUUACUGGUGCUCGGGCGCUGCAACUACUUACACGAUCGGCUCAGUUAUUCUAGUGCUGCCAGCUGUGAUGCUACUUAGACUGAAAACAUGAAUACAUAAUUGAUAUUUUUAUACCUGACCAUCCAAGCAAUAAUAUACAUAAGUAGAAUGUAAGGUAAAUUAAUUAUUUAUUGUAUACAUUUUUUACACUAUUUUCAGCUUUACAGAGUUAUAUUUGUCUCGAAUUACGACAGUAUUAAAUGGUAUUAUAUUAAUA